AUGACGACGCCGUCGGCAAACCACGCGCCCGACGACAGCACGCCUGGUCUGGCUCCCCAUGCCGCCGCCGUUGCGCCGAUGGGGCUCUCGCCGAAUAGCAGCGCCUACGAUGCACAAGGGCUGCCCAUGCACUCGCCGGUGCCACACUCGGCGGCCCAUGCGACGGCCUCAACGCCGACAUCCACGAACCCUUCGGCCGCCCGCAGCGUCAAACGACCGCGACCCGUCAAGUCGUGCACCGAGUGUCGCAAGCGCAAGCUCAAGUACUCUGCAGAACACGACUCGUCUGCCCUCUCCGACGCCUCCGACGCUGAGCCAAGCGACGCGCAACGGCCGGCGAAGCGCAACUGUGCUCCCGUGGGGGGUCAAGGAAACAACGCCGGGAGCGCCAACCUGGGCCCUCCCUUUUCGUCAGCGCGCAACGGGGAUAUCAAUGGCGCGUCGCCUCUGCAGGAGCUGGCCUCUAGAGUCGAUCGCCUGGAAAACCAUGUGCUGAUCAAGAGUCCCUCGGCCGCCGAGAUGCCCCGCCUGCCGCUCUCGCCGGCAACGAUACGAGGGCUGACCGUGAAGCAAGGAGCUCUCCAGACGCGGUUCUUCGGCCAGAGCAGUGUGCGCGUCCUCAUGAACCUGUUUGACGAGGCCAAGGAGUUCUUGGCCAACCACGCUGACUCGGCCGAGUUUCGCGAUCUCAUGUCAGCCCUGUCCCGACUGCACAAGCUGAUCCUCGACUCGUACAAGGAGUCGCUCACGCCCAUGACGGUGUACGUCGAGUCGACGACGCCGGUGCGGGGUCGAAUGCAACACGUCCUCCCCAAGCGCGAAGUCUGCGACAAGCUGCUCGGGUCGUACAUACACACGACGGAGACGAUCUACAGGAUCAUACACAUGCCCACUUUCAUGGCCCAGUACGAGAUGUACUGGGACGGAAAACUGCAGGGCGACACAUUUCUGCCCCAGCUUCUGGCCAUCUGCGCCACGGGUUCGCGGUUCGAGGCCAAGUCAAAGGGCCUGCGCAAGAGCAUUGGCACCGAGUUCGACGGCGUUCACAUCCCGACGGCCUGCGAGCUGGUCAAGUCCUGGCUCCACAGCUUAAAGGGCAAACAACUGAUUGACUUUACGACGCUGCAGACGGAGAUGCUUCUCCUGCAAGCCAUGCGCAUGACGGCGGCGAGGCCACAGGUCUUGUGGACGCAAUUGGGCGCCAUUCUCCGCAUGGCCAUGACGAUGGGGAUGCACCGGGAUCCUUCCGAAUUCGAACCCCAAAUCCCCGUCUUCUCGGCCGAGAUGCGGAGGAGAAUGUGGUUCUCCAUCCUUGAACUCGACCUGCACGUCUCACUCGUCUGCAGCCUGCCCUGCUCGAUCCGGGAAGGCGACUUCACCUGCAAGCCGCCCAGCAAUCUCAACGACAAGGAGCUCUUCCCCGAGAUGGUUGAGCUGCCCCCGAGCCGACCGAUCGACAAUGGCACAGACAACCAGAUUCAAUGCUACGCGGCCAUGACGGUCGGCAUCCGCCUCAAAGUGGUGCACAUGCUCAACCGCAUCGACUCGAUCCGCGACUACAACGAGGUGCUCGAGCUCGGGGCCAAGCUCGAGCUGAUCUCGGAGGACAUUGGCUAUCUUUUCCCGCGGAACAAUUCGCUGAGCGACAGCGAGCAAAGCAAGAUGUGGCGAUGCCGGGUCAUUCUCGACAUGCACAUCCGACGGCCACUGCUGGCGCUGUACCGCCCCUUUGCGUUGGGCUCGGUGGAUGCGCCGGCGCAGAUCACGCGGGCCUACCUCUCGUCGUCCAUGGUGAUCCUACAGUACCUCGACGAGCUCGACCCGAUGCUGGCGCACUACCAGAGCGUCAGUGACAUGUACCACCUUGUGCUCAAGCGGGAUAUGCUGCAGGCGUCGCUGAGCUUGUGCUAUUACAUCCGUGCCGGCCUCCAGUCGAACGCGGGCCCGUACAGCAACCUCAAGCUGGCGGCGCUGUCCCCGGAGCCGUUCGACGAUGCGCGGUCGUACCGGGCCGAAACGCCAGCGCUUUGGUCACCGGUGCGCCUCAUCAAGACAGUCGACAAGUCGAUGGACCUGCUGAUGCGCAACGUCGGUGGCGGCGACGUCAAGGAUAUCGUCGCCCUGUCGGUCGUCCUCGCAUCGGUACAGACGACGGCACACGAGCAGAAGCUGCACGAGAUCCGGCGCAUGCUGACCGUCGUGCUCGAGACGUGUAUGCGCGCCACCAACACAAACCCCGAGCUCGUCCAUUCCCCGCUGCCUCACCCUCCGCCGCCGCUGUCGAUUAACAACAGCCACCCCUAUCUCCAGGCACAGGUGCCGGGCCAGCAGCCUCCACACUACAUGCUGCACCCCAACGGCAUGGCGGCGGCGCCGACGCAGGAUGAGGAGAGCAUGAUUUGGGACCUCGAGGGCCUCGACCCGAGCUGGGAUCUGUACUGGGGCCAGAUCAUGCCGCUGUGGUCGUCAUGA